AUGAUCCAAGUUGCUAGUGUUGUCGAAAAGCAGGGAUACUGGAAAUUGAAAGACUCAUUCUGCUGCUGUAUGGGACAUAAGCAACCAUGUAAGCAACCGUGUGAUAGUUCUUCACAAAGUGUGCAGUGCCCUGCUGUAAAUAAUUACACAUCUGCACAUGCUAAAAGAAAGUUUCUUCGCAUGCCAUUGUCCUGCAUCACAGUUGAAGUUGGUCCCAAGCAAAGUGUUCAUUUUCUAGUAAAGGACGCAAACAUUACUUUGAUCAAAAGUCUACUUGGUCGUGUGUAUAAGAAGUCUGUGUUUGGCACAAUCCUAAGCAAAGAACGUGUGAAAGAUCUUCUUCAAUUGUGCGAUGGUGAUGCACAAAAAGAAUGUUUACGUUUUGGUUUAUCUGAAGCAAGUGGUCUCUCCAGUAAAGUGAUCAAGAAACAAUUUGGUUUUUCGAAUGUCAUUGAAAGGAAGAUCAAGAUUAACAAUGCUUUACAGAAAGCGGCAGAAAUCAGAGAGUGUGUUUAUCAACUUGCAACUAUCAAGGAACAGGCUGUCCUCAUGUCUCUCGGGGUGGAGUUAUCGAAUUCAGACACAGACAUUUCACAAAGCGAGAGUGAAUCUGAUGCAGAAUCUGCAACAGAAAGUGAAUUGGGAGAUUGCAGGCAGGAAUCCAGCCAACUUCUCCAGAAAUUUACAAGUGAUUGA